GGCGGCGCCUCCAUGGUGGGGGCGUGUUAGUGGCCGCGGCUCUGCCGGACGUCGAGUGCGCGGCUGCGGGGUAGCCGAGCAGCCCGUCAGUGAGACGCCGCGCGCGUUUCGGGUUUCGGGGCGCUGGAGGAGGCCGCCACGGCCGCGCGGGAGCGGGAGAUGUUGGAGCUGAGGCACCGGGGAGGCUGCCCUGGCCCCGGGGGAGCGGUGGCGCCGCCACCCCGCGAGGGAGAGGCGGCCGGCGGCGACCACGAAACCGAGAGCACCAGUGACAAAGAAACAGAUAUUGAUGAUAGAUAUGGAGAUUUGGAUUCCAGAACCGAUUCUGAUAUUCCAGAAAUUCCACCAUCCUCAGAUAGAACCCCUGAGAUCCUCAAGAAAGCUCUGUCUGGUUUAUCUUCCAGGUGGAAAAACUGGUGGAUUCGUGGAAUUCUUACUUUAACUAUGAUUUCAUUGUUUUUCCUGAUCAUCUAUAUGGGAUCCUUUAUGCUGAUGCUUCUUGUACUAGGCAUCCAAGUGAAAUGCUUCCAUGAAAUUAUCACUAUAGGUUAUAGAGUCUAUCGUUCUUAUGACCUGCCAUGGUUUAGAACAUUGAGCUGGUACUUUCUACUGUGUGUAAACUACUUUUUCUAUGGAGAGACCGUAGCCGAUUAUUUUGCUACAUUUGUUCAAAGAGAAGAGCAACUUCAGUUCCUCAUUCGCUACCAUAGAUUUAUAUCAUUUGCCCUCUAUCUGGCAGGUUUCUGCAUGUUUGUGCUGAGCUUGGUGAAGAAACAUUAUCGUCUGCAGUUUUAUAUGUUCGCAUGGACUCAUGUCACUUUACUGAUAACAGUUACCCAGUCACAUCUUGUCAUCCAAAAUCUGUUUGAAGGCAUGAUAUGGUUCCUUGUUCCAAUAUCAAGUGUUAUUUGCAAUGACAUAACUGCUUACCUUUUUGGAUUUUUUUUUGGGAGGACUCCAUUAAUUAAGUUGUCUCCUAAAAAGACUUGGGAAGGAUUCAUUGGCGGUUUCUUUUCCACAGUCGUGUUUGGAUUCAUUGCUGCCUACAUGUUAUCCAAAUAUCAGUACUUCGUCUGCCCAGUGGAAUACCGAAGUGAUGUAAACUCCUUCGUUACAGAAUGUGAACCCUCAGAACUUUUCCAGCUUCAGAGUUAUUCACUUCCUCCCUUUCUAAAGGCGGUGUUGAGACGGGAAACAGUGAGCUUGUAUCCUUUCCAGAUACACAGCAUUGCUCUUUCAACAUUUGCGUCAUUGAUUGGCCCUUUUGGAGGCUUCUUUGCCAGUGGAUUCAAAAGAGCUUUCAAAAUCAAGGAUUUUGCAAACACCAUUCCUGGACAUGGCGGAAUAAUGGACAGAUUUGAUUGUCAGUAUUUGAUGGCAACUUUUGUGCAUGUGUACAUCACAAGUUUUAUAAGGGGUCCCAAUCCCAGCAAAGUGCUACAGCAGCUGUUGGUGCUUCAGCCGGAACAGCAGUUAAAUAUUUACAAAACCCUCAAGACUCAUCUAAUUGAGAAAGGAAUUCUGCAGCCCACCUUGAAGUUAUAGCUGGGUCCGGAAUGGGAAGGACUGACAAUAAGGAAUUCUACAGAAAAGCACUGACAGAUGAAAUUUUGUAAUUGUACAGAAAACUGGUUGAAAAUGCAAUGGAUUGAAGUUUUAAAGACAUGAAUGUUCCUUCUCUAAAAUUACUGUGAAUAUUUAACCAACCCUUGAGCUAAGUUAUGAAAUGAGUAACAAGUGAUCAGCAAAAGAUCCUGUACUUUUUUCUAAAGAGUAUUUUCUGAUGUAAACUUCCUUCCCCUGACUUGCCUAGAUUUCAUAACGUAAAAGACUUUGUGUUUUAAAGAGUCAGACAGAAAAAGAGUAAAAAUUGAGGAUGUCUUAAGAUUGCAUCUGGCAUUGUGCCCUUUGCACAAAUAUUUACUUUUGUACUUGGAGCUGCUCUUAAUUUUAACAAAAUGUUUUAUGUAAGGCACAACAGGAAGUUAGUUCUCCUGUACUUCCUCCUCUUAGUCUGAAGUUGCUUCUGAAGGGCUAAGUUGGAUCCAAAAAAAAAAAAA